CACUCACCUCUAUCUGGACACGGACGCUGCGUGAGGCUGUUAAACCUAACAGAGCCUGUUUACCUUUGAGGACGGAACCAUGGCCAACUCCGGGAUCCAGCUGCUGGGCUUUUUCCUGUCUCUGAUCGGGAUGGUGGGGCUGAUCAUCGGGACCAUCCUGCCUCAGUGGAAGAUGUCUGCGUACAUCGGGGACAACAUCAUCACGGCCGUGGCCAUGUACCAGGGGCUGUGGAUGUCCUGCGCCUUCCAGAGCACCGGGCAGCUGCAGUGCAAGAUCUACGACUCCAUCCUGCAGCUGGACAGUUCGCUCCAGGCAACUCGCGCCUUGAUGAUAGUUGGCAUCAUUGUGUCCGUCGCCGGCCUCGGCGUGGCCUGUAUGGGAAUGAAGUGCACCACCUGUGGAGGAGGCGACAAAGUGCGCAAGUCUCGCGUUGCCAUGACUGGAGGCAUUAUUCUGCUUGUAGGAGGCCUGUGUGCCAUUGUGGCGUGUUCCUGGUUUGCUCACAAUGUCAUCAGAGCUUUCUAUAACCCCUACACUCCAGUCAACACCAAGUUUGAGUUUGGAGCUGCCAUCUUCGUCGCUUGGGGGGGCGCCCUCCUAGAUGUUCUGGGCGGGGCCAUGCUGGCUGCCUCCUGUCCAAGGAAGAAGCAGGUAUCCAAGUACCCUAAUGCGGCCGCCUCUCGCUCCAGUCCUCCGGGCAGCAAUAAGGAAUAUGUCUGAGAUCGCCCUCUGCUGGCCGGGACUACUGGGUAACAAGAAAGAAAGAAAAAAAAACUGAGGAAAAAGUGCCCCCUCCCCAAACGUUGCAGCGUCAAAGGAGCAAAACCGAAGAUGUGAGAGCAGCAGACAGAAAAACGGAGCACAGAAAUGAGAUCUUACUUCACUUUUUUUUUUUGUACAGCCGCGGCUUUAAUGAGCAUUUAAUUGUCAAGCACUGCUCUGAAUUGUUUCAUCAAAGAUGUUUCAUACUGCAGCCACACAUUCCACAGUUGUUUACCAUUGGUCUUCUCGAAUAGAUUAUAAUUGGAUGCCCGUAUUUAAUACACGAGGCCUCCAGGGUGUGACCACUUUGGGUUGCAGCCUAAUAUUAUGGAUUAAAGCCAACCUUUGCGGCAGUGUGUCAGAACAAGCUGUUAUUAGCACAUGUCAUGUAAUUGAAAGUAAUCAGCUGCACCAUGGUGUGCUGGCUGCAACUCUGUCCACGUGAGCAGAAGCAAAUGUUUUAUUAUAUCAAUGUGUACUAAAAUAGACGCGGCGGUGAGCAUGGUGUGACUUCUCACACAGGCCUCAUUGUGAAGAGUGACUAUACCAAACAACACCCAUCGCUCCUCAGAUCCACCUGUUAGACACGCUUAGAUAGAAAGAUUUCUUUUUUUUUUACCCUGAUUGGACUCCUAUUUAUUUUGUUGAGGGUAAGUGUAGAUUUGAAGAAUCUGUAGCCUGAUGGUUGUGUAGGUCAUUCUCUGAGCUGUAACUCGUGUUCUUUGUACUCGUCUGGCUCUUCUACCACGAUAAUGGGAACAUAGAAAAUGUAUGACAAGAGUGUUUUUAACAUGUAUAGUGGAAUAAAAAUAAAACACACUACAGUUGUAUU